AUGGCAUUCUACGAAGCUUUGCCAUCACUACCUAACAUCAAUACCUAUGCCUACCCUAUGGCCCCACAACCAUAUGAGAGUCCCUCAGAAUCAUACUCUGAAUCCUCCAGCCCAGAUACAUAUCAUAUGAGACAGAGCAUCAGCCCUUCUGAACCUGCGCCCUAUGUGAUAUCAUACGGGAGCCCUCAGAUUCCAUACUAUCCAGCACCAGAGAAGAUCCCACUGGAAUACAUCGACUCCACUUCACUAGACAAUGGAGACCGGAGGGAGCGGAAAACCACCCAGAAGGGCCCAGUCUCUUCCAUGCACCUGAGACGUCGGGCACAAAACCGUGCUUCUCAGCGAGCAUUCAGAGAACGAAAGGAAAAACAUGUCAAGGGCCUUGAAAGUCAGCUACAGGCUCUCCACGAGCAACACCAGAGCCUUCUUCAGUCAUACAAUUCCCAGGCCAACGAGGUUGAGAGCCUAAGGAAGAAAGUCCAAGAGCUGAUGAAAUUGCCAACUAAUAUGCAAUUUACCGAUCCUUCCACCUCUCCUGUUUGCACAAGCAGCAACAGUCCCAGCACCAGCCAUGGAUUCACAACACCAAAGUACGAUAUGGCUACCUUCUCUGCCAGUUCAUACCCUACUCCUACUCCCGAGCCAUACUACGAUAAAUCAAUCCACACUACCGUCGCGUAA